UGGGACGCACCCACUGAACUCUCACCAGCGAUGGAGACAGGCAUUCUGACGUCAUAUUUAAGCGUCUGUGUUUGAAUCUGGUGCUCUGAGCCAUCUGCAAAAGCGCAAUUUAAUACACAAUUGGUAAUUUAUAAACAACCGAACAAAUUUGGUGAAAGUACAUUUUAAAAAUUACGUGGACAGAGACGGAAGUAUGGGUCCAGUUGAACUUCUUCACAUGUCCGUGUUCUCCCAGAGCUUCUCUCACUGUGGCCGCUUCUUAGCGGCAGGGAACAAUUAUGGGGAGAUCGCUGUGUUCAGUAUGUCCUCUGCACUCAGUCCAGAGGCAACCAAUAUCAGCCAAAAACCCAUCUUAACCUUCACUGCACACGAGGGUCCUGUGUUCUCCCUCCUGUCUACGGACACCCACCUCCUGAGCGCGGGGAAUGGAGAGAUCAGUGCUUGGAGCUGGGCAGAGCUGACCAAGAGGAACACUAAAUCUAUUUGGACAAGAAGACCACAGUACAAAUCCAGUCUUGAGAUUCCAGAGAUAAAUGCGAUGAUCAUUAAUCCAAGAGACAACAGUUUGGUUGUAGGCGGGGGAGACAACAACAUUCACGUCAUGGACCUGGAGAGCGGAGUCUUUAAGUCGGUGUUACAGGGUCAUAGUGACUACAUCCACUGCCUCAGCAUCAGAGAGCGGGAGGGGGAGAUCCUCUCUGGCGGUGAGGAUGGAGCCGUCCGGAUAUGGGACUCCAGAACCGGACAAACUGUGCACUGCAUAGAGGUCUAUAAGUAUGAGGACUGCGCAAGGCCUCAGUAUGGGAAGUGGAUCAGCUGUCUCACCACCGAUUCAGAGUGGAUGCUGUGUGGAGGGGGCCCGGCCCUGUCGCUAUGGCACCUGCGCACCCUCUCGCCCACUUCCGUGUUCCCGCUUUCUGGCUGUCAGCGACAAGCAGCUUUCUACCAGGACCUGAUCUUGUCAGUUGGAGAGGGGAACUUUGUGUCUCACUGUCUCAUGGGUGGGGAGGUGAAGUCUCUAAUUCCAUGCACACCGCCAUCACUCAAUACGCUGACUAUCAACACCAACAGUACUGAGCACAGGGUGCUGACAGUGGGGGGCAGCAGCGACCAGAUAGACGUUUUCACCAAUCUGUCUUACAGAGCAUUCUCCCUUUCUUUCUAAAAGGCUACAACCCAAGUCUGUACACACACCCCACCCAGACACAUUCUCUCAGACUGUGGUAACUGACUAUUCGACAAGAAUUCAGGGACAUGUUUUUUUAUAUAUAUAUAAUAAAGUACCCUUUUCCCUUUAA